AUGGAAAACAACGGCUACCUGGGUGUUUGUGUACUUGAGGCUCAGAUGCUUGCUGGGGUUCUUGACAGAAAUCACCAUGUUGAAGCCAAUAAUCUUCUUCAGAAUCCAGAUUUUGAAUCCCCACCAGCAAACUUGCCGGGAAAUUCCACCUCCUCAUUUAUGCUAUUGAGCCAAGACAAUGAAGUUCCAGGAUGGACAUUUGAAGGCACAGUACAAUAUGUAACAGUUAGUCAGGACACAUCACUGCUAGAGAAUGGACAUGCCAUACAAUUGUGUCAAGAUGGCAAAAUCAAGCAGACUUUCAUCGUUAACGGUGGUGUUACGGAUUACGUGCUCACCUUUUCUGUCACCCCGGGUGGUGAGGGAGAGCCUGUUAAUCUUGUGUUUCAAAGUCUAACAGCAGAAUCGAAUCCCAUCUCCACAUGUUGGCCUGUAAUUGACUCCCUUCUUCUUAAGAGAGUUGGAACACUCCCUGAUGCCAAUGAUAGCCUACUGCCAAAUGGAGGAUUUGAAACAGGCCCUGAUUUCCUGAGUAACUCUACUGAGGGAAUUCUAAUUGCUGAAAAUAUUCUAAGUGUGGUUCAAUCUCCAUUAAAACCAUGGUAUGUGUUAGGAACUGAGAAAUACAUAGACUCCAGACACUUCUUUGUCCCACAAGGCAAUGCUGCAAUAGAGAUUGUCUCAGGAGUUUCAGCUGGCAUACAAACAGAAGUAAUACUUAAAAAAGGCCACAAGUAUAGCUUGGAGUUCACAUUGGGAGAUGCUAACGACAGUUGUGUGGGAGAUUUCAUAAUUGGGGCUCAAACAGGAUCAACUUCCCAGAAUUUCUCGUUGGCAAGCAAUGGCACUGGCUCAGCCAAGAAAUUCUCUGCGACAUUCAAGGCAAAUACUAGUGCAGCUCAAAUCAGUUUUCUCAGCUAUACAACAGUCCGGACAAGAGAUGGUGUAUACAGUGGUCCUGUGGUUGAUGAUGUUGUUUUGCGUGCUUCUUGUGGGCUGAAACUAGAAAUGCAACUGAAGGUUCUGAUUUCUUUAUAUAUAUUGGGAGCCAUUCUACAAAUCCGAUCCAUUGGGGAGAUGAUAUCACACACUAUUUCUCUCUAUUUUUAAAGAAAUACAGCCAACUAGGAAGCAGAGGAUAAAUAUUGUUAUAUUUGUAGCAGAGUGAGUCUUGUUGGUUUACCAGUUUCA